AGCCAGGUUGGCUCGAGCCGGCUGCCGACCUGAAUUGCCUGGCGCUGUUUGGAGCUUCGGCGAUUGUUCUGCGGUUAUGGCUUCGAUGGCGGGUGCUGGUCCAGGGAUGGACCAUGACUACCGUUUAGACUUCGUCGUAGUCGGCGAUUCUUCGGUUGGCAAGACCUGCCUUUUGUUCAGGUUCACAAAUGACCUUUUCUCCACGGACCACGGUAGUACAAUAGGCGUAGAUUUCGGCAGUCGAAUCAUCGACAUCGGCGACGCGCGGGUCAAGGUUCACAUCUGGGAUACCGCUGGGCAGGAGAGUUACAGGUCCAUUACCAAGUCGUACUUUCGAAAUGCCUGCGCGGCGUUGCUUGUCUAUGAUGUGUCUGUCCGUAACACAUUCGACCACGUCGCCGAGUGGUUGGAAGCAGUAAUCGCAGGAGCAUCAAGCCAUAAUAUAGAAAUCGAACUCAUCGGCAACAAGAGCGACAAGGAUCACCGCGAGGUUUCGUACGAAGAGGGUGCUGCGUUUGCCGAAGAAAGACAGCUCGUAUUCUGGGAGACCUCGGCCAAGACUGGGCAUAACGUCAAGAGCGCCUUCGAGGAGGCCGUACACAGGGUCGUCAACAAUAUCCGGAACAACAAGUACGAUCUCUGAAGCGGAGCCGCCGGAAUCAGGGUGAUAAGCCCCACGCUGGGCACCGGGGGCGAGCGGGAGAGGCGCCCUUGCUGCGCGGGCUGAUCUUUUCCUCCGUCUGGCGUCCCGUGCGAGCGGGGAGGUCCCCAGACGCCUGGCGGCUCAACCUCUUGGAGACGGUAGGACGAGAGGGGCGGAUGAGGAAGGAG